AAGUAGCUACAGUCGAAAUUGAGCUACUCACUACACAAGAGUAACAGUAACAUUCGCAGCCAAACGAGAAACCAAAGAAAACAACCAGAGACUGAGUGCCGAGCUGAAGCUACAGAAGUCGAAAAACCAGAAGUCAACUAGAAACCAGCACGCAAACCGAACUCCACGCUCACCGGAGUACAUCAGCAAGCAAACGAAAUACAAACACACGAACGCUAGAGAAUUCGCCGGCCAGGGUUAUAGCAAUAAGUCAGCGAGAGAGCGCGAGCACAGGAACUGAGUUUCAAUACAAGCGCACAAUUGGAUUUGUGUAUGUAUUGACUUUGAGUGGAAUCCCCUCUUGGAAAUUGAGUUGUUUGCUAAACGAGAAACCUGAAAUCAGUUUGAGACGAGACAUUGUCCAAAGAGCAUUGAAAAUAUAUUUUUAUGUAGAGUUUGAUCUUUUGAAAAGUGAAGAAGAAAACGUGUGUGAAAAUAGAAAAAAAGUAAAAUUAAGCAAAUUGCGGUACUAUUCCAGUUUAAGCAAAAGGAAGUGUUGAAAGCAUUAAAUAUGUCAUCAAGAUCGGCAUCGCCCCUCAGUAACCUAACGGUGGAUGAUGAGAUAAACAUAAAUGUUAACGAUUCUACGCCAGGCUACUUGGACAUAAAAGCUGAGCGUGAGAGCAGUAUUUCGCCCACACUAACGCCCCCGCGCACACCAACGGAUGAGCAAAUGUAUGUAGAGCAUCCCCAAAAGCCCGUACAAAUGAACUCUAGUUCCUGCACACCAUAUCUGAUGGAGAAGCAACUGCUACAACAGCAACAGUUGCAACAACAACAUAAAUUGCAAAUACACCAACAAGAGCAAGGGCAGGUAUUUUAUACACCUCCGCCACCGCCACCUCAGCAACAACGCCGGCCAUAUCUGUCAACCGCAUUGUUUGAGGCACAACAUUUGCAACAGCAACAACAACAUCAGCAAAUUGCAGCACAGCAGCAGCAACGUUUGUGGUUACACAUGCAACAACAGCAACAGCACCAGCACCAACAACAACCAUUAAAUGUUUACCCUUACCCACCGAAUGCUCCGUAUCUGCCCGCAACACCAGUCGAAGCGGCGGUACAGCAACAAGCUGUGCUUAUGAACCAAUGGCUGCGCAGCGCAGCGUUGUAUCAACAGCAGCAGCAAAAUCCUCAUGUAGCACAUCCGCACUCGCACAGUACGCCGCCGGGCUUGCGUUUUAUACCAAGUCUGCAUUCGCUUCAUCCCGCCGCACGCUUUGGUUUGCCAGCGGCCAUGAAAUUGCCCGGCGCUCCUACAAGCGGCGCAGGUAGUAGACCAAAGAAACAAUUCAUUUGCAAAUACUGUAAUCGCCACUUCACCAAAUCGUACAACCUGCUCAUCCACGAACGUACACACACCGAUGAGCGGCCGUAUUCGUGCGACAUUUGCGGUAAGGCCUUUCGGCGGCAGGAUCAUUUACGUGAUCAUCGUUACAUACACUCCAAGGAUAAGCCGUUCAAAUGCAACGAUUGCGGUAAAGGCUUCUGCCAAUCGCGUACAUUGGCCGUGCAUAAGGUAACCCAUUUGGAAGAGCCGCCACAUAAGUGUAACGUAUGUCAGCGUACAUUCAAUCAGCGCGCAAAUUUACGUAGCCAUUUGCUAAGUCAUACCAACGCGGAGGCGGCUGCAGCUGAGAACAACAACAAUAAUCAUCAGCAACAGCACCAGCAACAAAAUGAUGCCACCAUCGAAUCCAAAGAGUUUGCUACUUCAAAUCGUUGUGCCACCAGCACGUCGCACAACACACCCAUACUUGACCUCUCCGCCGCAUCAGGCGGGCAAGCGACUGCAAGCUGCGCUGAACGUCCAAAGCGUUCGCUUGGUUUCAGUAUAGCUGAGAUCAUGAGCAGGUAGACGGUGAUAUCGUUUGAAAAAAUACAAAUUGGUUUAAACAACAUGGCAGGCGCGACUGUGAAAGGUACGCGAAAAAGACUGCUUUUUGGAAUUGCUCUGUCGGUUGGACUACAGGGCAGUGAAAUUAAUUUUAUGCGCUUGACCAUCGGCUAGUUGGUUGAGCGACGGCGGCUGCGCUGUUGAGCUCAAAUAGUACUGCCACAGGCAAGUGGAGGCAAAGUGAUAUUAGGAAUUAGGUCUGAAAGUUCCCAGUUAUGACUUCAUCGAAGAGGCUGUUGUUGUUGUCGCCUCACGAAAGGAUAGACACUACACAAGUAAAUACAAGUGCAACACGCACAUACAGACUUUGAUUAAAGAAAUUAAAUUAUUUAUUACAUAGGUACUUUAGCUAAAUCUUAAUCUUAAGCAAAUUAUUUGUAUUUAAGCAAGAAUUCGAAAAACUGAAGCUCGUAUGUUUAAUACAUAUGUACAUCACACAUACGUGUACAUAUAGGAUAAAAUAAAUUCAAUACAAACAAA